AUGUGGUCAAAGCCGGGAUUAUUUAGCGGCUUCUACUUUAGCUGGUUUCGCAAUCCGCACAUUGGAUAUAAUGAUGAUGUUAAUCAUGAAUAUGAAAAUACUCAACCUAUUCUUGCAUUCCACAAUCCAUUAAUUGUAUCUAUCUUAUUAACCUCCUAUUUAACAUUUUGUAUAAUUUUUUUAUUCAAACAAGGAGGAUUUCAAUCAAAUCAACAAAGCUAUUCUGAAAAAAUGGUUAUUUACCCUAAAUAUUUUUAUUAG